AUGACCAGAAGACACAGUAGUGAAAUAUGGAUUCAAAAAUGGUUAAAACAAACCAGAACUAGAUGUUUUGAGGAAAAAUUCUCACUCAAAUUAAUUAAUAAUGAACCUACACUAGACAGUCUUCACAAAAGAAAUCCAUCACUAUAUACUACAAAUACAUGUCCAUUUUGUCAAAUAGAAAUUAAAUAA